GGUUGGUCUGUUUUUUCCCUUUGUGUAAAGACAGAUGCAAAACACGAGUUAAAUAGUUCUGCUUUCUCCCUGUUGUUUGUCACCUAUCCAUUUGUUCCUAUCCAUCCCCUUAUCAAUAUCAGAUGGAAUGGAUACCUUCCUUAGAUUUAAUGGAAAAAAUGUUCCAAAAUGACAGCAUGUUUCCUGUGCUGAAUUUAUCUUGAAAAUGUACUCUUUCAUUUUUACAGCUGGCUAGUUUGUACAUUAGCACUGCUGAGAUUAAAAUUCAAAUGAUUAAUUAUAACUUUGUGCUCCUGGUGGUUUUUCAAAUAGAUAUUCAUUUGCUUAAACUUAGUGCAGAUAUAGGUACCAUUAUAACUUAUUUUGGUUUUAAGAACUUUACAAUAGUAUAUAACAACCUGAACUCUUUAAUACUUUAUAAUCAGUUUUGUGUUCUGUUUCUCUGCCCUGAAUGAGAUUGUGUUGUGAAGUCAAUAUUGGCUCAUGACAACUCUAUGGAUAGUUGUUCUCUCUUCAGUUAGGUGACUGAUCGUUAUUAGAAUAACAACUAUGACUGUUGUUGCAUUAAUCCAUUGCAUUGCGGGUUUUCUUUUGUCUAUCUAUUUUCUUAAAUAAGCAUAAAGAUUUUCUCUUUGCUUGUCAUGUCCACUGUAUGAAAGUCAUUGUUUGUCAUUUGAGCUUUGAUUGAGGGUAUAGUUUCUUCUACUAAAACUAAAAUUAAUGUCUGAUUUAAAUAUGAGAAAAAACAAUUUUUGAAUUUUUUUUAAAUAAAGUUACUGGACUGAAUGUCUCAAUAUACUUAAAACAAUCCAAACUCAUCUGAACUGUUCAAUAUAAAGUUUGAUUUUGAAAAAAAAAUGAUGGCAGAUUCUGUGUUAUUACUUUUUAAAGAAACUAGAAACUAUGGUUUGUAAUUUUCAUCUAGUAAUUUAUUUACAAAUUUUAUAUUUUUGUAAAGCUCCUGGGAAAGUAGCAGAUAAAGUUAUUAUUGAAAACACAAGAGAUUCAACCUUUGUCUUCAUGGAGGGAUCAGAGGAUGCUUAUGUUGGUUAUAUGACAAUCAGGUUUAACCCUGAUGACAAAUCUGCACAACACCACAAUGCGCACCAUUGCUUAGAGAUUACAGUCAACUGCAGUCCAAUAAUAGAUCAUUGUAUUAUUCGAAGUACUUGUACAGUUGGUUCUGCAGUUUGUGUUAGUGGCCAAGGGGCUUGUCCCACUAUCAAGCAUUGUAACAUAAGUGACUGUGAAAAUGUUGGACUCUACAUCACAGAUCAUGCACAGGGGAUAUAUGAGGAUAAUGAGAUUUCUAAUAAUGCAUUAGCUGGGAUUUGGGUUAAAAACCACGGAAACCCUAUUAUAAGACGAAAUCACAUUCAUCACGGGCGCGAUGUUGGUGUUUUCACAUUUGACCACGGCAUGGGUUAUUUUGAAAGUUGCAACAUACAUAGAAAUAGAAUAGCUGGUUUUGAAGUGAAAGCAUAUGCAAAUCCUACUGUAGUUCGUUGUGAAAUCCACCAUGGGCAAACUGGAGGAAUCUAUGUUCAUGAAAAAGGAAGAGGACAAUUUAUAGAAAAUAAAAUCUAUGCAAACAAUUUUGCUGGUGUAUGGAUUACUUCAAAUAGCGAUCCAACCAUAAGGGGCAAUGCAAUUUUUAAUGGAAAUCAAGGUGGAGUCUACAUAUUUGGUGAUGGAAGAGGUCUUAUUGAAGGAAAUGACAUUUAUGGGAAUGCAUUAGCAGGAAUACAAAUUCGAACUAAUAGCUGUCCUAUUGUUCGGCACAAUAAGAUUCACGAUGGCCAACAUGGUGGUAUAUAUGUGCAUGAAAAAGGUCAAGGUGUGAUUGAAGAAAAUGAAGUUUACAGUAAUACCUUGGCUGGAGUCUGGGUUACAACAGGAAGCACUCCAGUUUUAAGAAGAAAUAGAAUACAUAGUGGUAAACAGGUUGGUGUUUAUUUCUAUGACAAUGGGCAUGGAGUAUUAGAAGACAAUGAUAUCUAUAACCAUAUGUACUCAGGAGUUCAAAUCAGAACUGGAAGUAACCCCAAAAUUAGGCGCAACAAGAUUUGGGGAGGCCAGAAUGGUGGAAUUCUUGUUUAUAAUUCGGGGCUUGGUUUUAUAGAAGACAAUGAAAUUUUUGACAAUGCAAUGGCUGGAGUAUGGAUUAAGACAGAUAGUAAUCCUACAUUAAGAAGAAACAAAAUCCACGAUGGCAGAGAUGGGGGAAUCUGCAUAUUUAAUGGAGGUAGAGGCCUUCUUGAAGAAAAUGAUAUCUUCAGGAAUGCACAAGCUGGAGUUCUUAUCAGCACAAAUAGUCAUCCUGUGUUACGGAAAAAUAGAAUAUUUGAUGGAUUUGCGGCAGGUAUUGAAAUAACAAAUCAUGCAACUGCAACUUUAGAAGGCAAUCAGAUUUUCAAUAAUCGUUUUGGAGGUUUAUUUCUAGCCUCUGGGGUCAAUGUGACAAUGAAAGAUAAUAAAAUAAUGAACAAUCAAGAUGCCAUUGAAAAAGCUGUUAGUAGAGGCCAGUGUCUAUAUAAAAUAUCAAGUUACACCAGCUAUCCGAUGCAUGAUUUCUACAGAUGUCAUACAUGUAAUACUACAGAUCGCAAUGCUAUAUGUGUAAAUUGUAUUAAGAAGUGCCAUCAAGGACAUGAUGUUGAAUUUAUUAGACAUGAUAGGUUUUUUUGUGACUGUGGCGCUGGAACAUUGUCCAAUCCCUGUACACUAGCUGGAGAACCGACACAUGAUACAGAUACACUAUAUGACUCUGCUCCUCCUAUAGAAUCUAAUACACUGCAGCACAAUUGAGUUACUUUUGAGGGGGAAAAAAGUCCUGCCAUUCUAUUGUAACUGUUAUUUUUUUUUUUUUUUUUUUUGAGGAAGUUAUACUUGCCCAUUCUGCAGAGACUUUAAAAUGGAUAAUAAACGGUGACACUAUGGAGCUCAACCUACCAAAAAGAAAGUGGCAAUAUGUUGACUCAGGAUAACAGAACUGGGCGUUUCAGCAUUACUGUGUAAAGACUAAGGGACAGGUGUGAAGAAAGUAAGCCGCGUAUUUGUACAGAUGGCAACUUCCAAAAGGCUGGUGUUUCUACAAGUAGCAUUGAAACGCAGUCCCAUUUGCAGUAGUCCUAUUCUAUAGACGAGCAGCAGUCUUUGUUGCUGCCUUUAUGGACAUGGGUACCAAUUGCUUUUUUGUAAUAUGGUAAAAAUGUGAGCUAGCACUUCCGCAUUUAUUUUGGUUUUUUAACAUUUAUUCAGAUUGAGAUGAUUUUAAUGCUUUAAUCUCAUGUAGUUUUUAAUUUCAAGCAAAUCUUUAUUGUACUUGAAUGUGUCCUGUUUUGUUAGCACACCUAGACUUGCUGUAACUGUACUCAUGUCCCAGUAUGUAUGUUCUUUCUAUGAAAGAGAACACUAAUCUUAAAUUAUAUCCAGCAAUUUUUCUGGUAUCCUUUGCAGUUAGAAUCUCCCCUUCCCUUUUUUCCAAUCCUCAUGAUUUACAUCGCCUCACAAAACAAUGUUUUAAUGAGACUUCUUGGGAGAUAAUGCACUAUAAAACAAAAUACACAGGUGACAGUUUGCAAGAGGAGGUUUUACUGUGUUUUAAAGUACACUGUAAGAAUCUCCCUAAAACAAUCCUGUAUUUUACUCUGUUCACAGUUUUAUUGAACAGUCUAGACAUUACUCUUAUGAACUGCUGACAAUUGUAAUUUCCUGCUCAAAUGAAGAUGAGAAAAAGUAUAUAGACGCCCUAUACAGUUUCAUAGCUUUUUUCCAUUUAUGUGUAUUGGUGACAGUGGGUAAUCAACAGCCUGAAAGUGUAUGCAUGUACCAUAACAUCUAGACUUAAUAUAUUGUGGAGUAUUCAAUAAUCAUUAUGUAGAGGGUAGCUAAGAAUUAAAAGGGUUUAAUUUCCUAGGAAAGACAAUGGAAAAUGGUCAUUUUUAAAAAAUAAAGUUUAUUAGAUCA